AUGGAGACAGAAGCUGGCGGCGUCCCCUUUACAGACACUAGCACGACUGGCGAAAAGGAUGGCCAUCCUGAGAACACCCUCUUGAACAUCGUCACAAGCACUGUGGUCGACACCCUCAACGAUGGUGGAUCUGCGGCCACUUCCACCCCCUUAUACAGCGUCUCGGUCCUGCAAGAGCUCAUUCGCCGGAUCGUCAAGGACAAUCCCGGCGCGUGCAAGAUGCUCGCUGAAUAUGAAGGUUUGAUCGGCCGCGACGAGAAUGCCCGCAGGUCCUUUUUGGGCGAGUUCGCUGCAUCAUGCCUACAUGGCUCCAGAAACACUUACCCGAAGAAGGAGCAGGACGACCCUCGGCGCUACCUGUCUGUGAUAAAGGAGAUCGUCGAGAAUGAUCCGGACUACACCAAGGACACUCCGCACCUGAUGCAAUUUGGGCUUUUGGCUUUGGAGGCGCGGCUCGACAAGACGCCCGAAGACCCCCAGGUUUUGUCGGCCCCGGGCGUCCAAAAGAUCUUGGAGCUGGAGGAUCCGGACUCGGACAACGAGGAAGAGGCGUCCCAGGAUUCGGACGAGCAGGAAGAGAAACAGAAGCGUUCCGGAAUCGGUGCUUGCUGGUGA